UUACCUGCAAUAAAACAUUCACUUUCCGCCAUUAACCCAAAAAAGAAAAUCAUUUCCGCGCCCACCCAAAAAUCAAAAAAAACCUUUCUCUCUCUCUCUUUCACUCUGAACCACACUCAAAACGACACCGUUUCAUCUGACUCUCCGGCGGCAACAAUGGACGACGAAGAAGAACAACAAAAACUCCCAGAUCUAGUGAAAGCCCUAGUCCACCACCUCCUCUCCCAAAAUCUCCCCCCAAAUUCCCAACCCAUAAACCCUAACUCCCCUCAAUUCCAAAACUCCCUCCGUUACGCUCACCGCAUUCUCUCUUCCCACUUAACCCCCUCCAUCACCCCCGACUCCGCCGCCGUCGCCGAUUCCAUCAAACGCCGUCUCGCCACCGAUGGUCGUUCCUCCGAAGCCCUCUCCUUCGCUGACCUUUACACCAAAUUCUCCACCAAAGCCACUCAUAUCGAUAAUAAGUGGUCCCUACUUCAUCUCUUCAAUAUUAUCUCUCAAGAUCGUAAAUCCGCUGCUAAAUCGAAUGACCCUUCCGUUCUUCUUCCCAAUUUAACGAUUUCGGAGAAUAACGUUCAACCGCGCGGUGAAAAUAAUGGAUUUAAUGAUGGUGUUGUCAUUCUUGCGAGGGAUCCCAAGAAUCGUCGCGAAAUAGCGUUUAAUGAAUAUGUGAAAUUGAUAAAGGAAGAGAAUGAUGUGACUGAGGAAGCUAUGGUGACUGAUGUGAUUUAUGCUUGUCAAGGUGUGGAUGGGAAGUAUGUGAAAUUUGAUGAAGAGAGUGAUGGUUAUGUUUUGUUGGAUUCAAUUAGGGUUUCUAGGGCUAGUUCUAGUAUGGUUUUUAAGCUUUGUGAAUUAGGGGUUUUGUUUAAGAGGGUUGUUGGGUUUAUUGAGAUGAGUUUGGGUAGGUUUCCCGCGGAGGAUGUGGGGACGGUUGGGCAGGCUUUUUGUGCUGCAUUGCAGGAUGAGUUGAGUGAUUAUUAUAAGUUGUUGGCUGUGCUUGAGGCUCAGAGUUCGAAUCCGAUUCCGUUGUUGUCUGAGGGUGUGAGUUCCGGGAAUUAUUUAUCUUUGAGGAGAUUGGCGGUUUGGCUUGCUGAGCCGAUGGUGAAGAUGAAGUUGAUGGCGGAUUUGGUUGAGAAGUGUAGGGUUUUGAGAGGUGGGGCGAUGGCAGGUGCGAUUCAUUUACACGCUAGACAUGGGGAUCCGAUGGUUCAUGAGUUUAUGAAGAGGUUGCUUCGGCGUGUGUGUUCUCCGCUUUUUGAAAUGGUGAAGAGGUGGGUUUUGGAAGGGGAGUUGGAAGAUAUUUUUGUUGAGUUUUUCAUUGUUGGGCAGCCUGUGAAAGCUGAAUCGCUUUGGAGAGAGGGAUAUCGGCUCUAUGAUGCUAUGCUUCCUUCUUUUAUUUCGGCUUCUCUUGCUCAGAGGAUUUUGAGGACUGGAAAGUCCAUAAAUUUUCUCCGUGUUUGCUGUGAGGACCGUGGCUGGGCUCGUGCCGCGACUGAAGAUACAGGGGCAAUGGCAAGACGUGGUGGUUUUGGUUACGGGGAAACUGAUACCCUUGAGUCAUUGGUUGAUGAAGCUUCAAAAAGAAUUGAUAAGCAUCUAUUGGAUGUAAUUUAUGAGAGGUAUAAAUUCAAAGAGCACUGUCUUGCGAUUAAGCGGUAUUUGUUGCUUGGCCAAGGUGAUUUUGUGCAAUAUCUAAUGGAUAUUGUUGGGCCUGAACUUUCUGUGCCUGCGAACACAAUAAGCUCUUUCAAACUUGCAGGUUUGCUGGAAACUGCAAUUCGGGCGUCAAAUGCUCAGUAUGAUGACCCUGAUAUUUUGGAUAGGCUCAGGGUCAAAAUGAUGCCACAUGAAAGCGGUGAUAGGGGCUGGGAUGUAUUCUCUCUGGAAUAUGAUGCAAGAGUUCCACUAGAUACUGUGUUCACAGAGUCUGUGAUGGCGAGGUAUUUAAGAAUUUUUAAUUUUCUAUGGAAGCUUAAGAGAGUGGAACAUGCACUUAUUGGUGCCUGGAAGACCAUGAAACCAAACUGCAUAACUUCUAAUACCUUUAAUAGAUUGCAACAUGCUGUUAAGAUGCAGCUAGUUUCAGCAUUGAGACGUUGCCAAGUUCUUUGGGUUGAAAUUAACCACUUCAUUUCAAACUUGCAAUAUUAUAUAAUGUUUGAAGUCUUGGAAAUAUCAUGGUCUAACUUUUUAAGUGAGAUGGAAGUAGCCAAGGAUCUUGAUGAUCUACUUGCAGCUCAUGAGAAAUAUAUGAAUUCGAUUGUAGAGAAAUCUCUCCUUGGAGAACUCUCUCAGUCCCUUUACAAGUCACUAAUAGUAAUAUUUGAUCUUAUAUUACGUUUUCGGAGCCAUGCGGAUAUUUUAUACGAAGGCAUUCACGAGUUGCAAGCAAGAAUCACAGAGUCCUCACUGUCCUCUCGAGACCAGAAGAAAACACGGAAGCGAUCGACUGAUAAGUCAUCGGAAGAAGAAUCCUGGAUUGCUGAUGGGAGAAAAGCCAUAACAAAACACGCUGGUGUUUUUCUCCAAAAAAUGGAACAAGAUCUGGAUGCAAUAUCUAAGGAGUAUUCAUCAUUGCAAGAGGAUUUCAUUUCUCAGUUGCCUGUGCAGCAGCAUGUUGAUCUAAAGUUUCUCUUUUUCCGUCUUGACUUCAAUGAAUUUUAUAGGCGGGUUGUGUCGUAGCAUAUAGGAAGUUUGUGAAUAUGAUCGAGGAUCAGAUCGAUGCAUUGUUUACUUCAACAAGAUAAGACAUCAACAAAGCUUUGCACUUAGCUAACUUCCAUUGUGUGUUUUGAGUUGAACAAUUGCGGUUCUAACUUCCUGCAGACCAACGAUUCAACGAGUCUUAAUUAACUAAAGGUAGUUUGUGACAGAUUUGAAGCUUUUCAUAUUCUGAUUGGAUUGGUGAUGUGAGCAAACCCUUGUAAGUAUUUGAAUAUACGAUGAUUUAGUUAGUGUCUUUGACAACUUUUGUUAGUUGUGCUUUAGAUUGUUCGUUUGUGUCAGAUUUUGUAUUGUUUGAAUGGAAAUGGGUGUCCAAAAAUCUAGUUUCUGUAUCCUUUUGUAUUUCUUUUUUUGGUUUACUGUAUCUUCUCACUAUGCAAAAGGGGAACCUCAACCUAGUGCUAUAGAGCUCCUGCCAUAGCGGGAUUGAAGUGUAUAGGUAUACAGUGAAUUGAAGACUCUAAGAUGAUCAAGGUAUGAAAUAUUCAAGUGGGAAUUCUAUUUUUAGUUAGAUGACAUGUAUGACUGCACAAGGCUUUUUUUAGAAAAUUUGAUUGAAAUACCAGACACACGUCACAUUAUGAAUGUGUUGAUGUUUUUGCACCACAGUCCAUUACUGUUGGGAAGUUUUCAUCAUUUUACUUAUGCGGUGAAUUUGAUAUAGUUUGAAUUAUUAGCUGAGGUUCAAUAUAGUUUAUGUAAUUUGUAUUUUGGAAUAUUUGAUUAUGAUUCGAGUCCUGUUUUA